AACCUUUUUUGCUUUGCUUGAACUCACACACUCUUCCUUCUCCAACCAAACUGCCUCCGAAUCUCAUCAAUGGAAAACUCUGAACAAGUUCCAGUCCCUCCAAACCCUAACAAUGUCAAUACCCACCUCACUGAAGAAGACGACGACGACGACGACGACACCGACAUCAUCGAAGAAGAAGAAGAAGACGAAGACGACGACGACGACGUCGUUUCGGGGGACCGGAAUCAGCGAAACCCUCAAUCCCCUUUAUCACGGUUACGCGAGCAGCGUUUCAAGCUCGAAACCCUUUCCCGGCGACUGUCAUCGGAGCUGGUCCCUAUCCGAGUCCACGACGUGCUGAUUCGCGGAAACACCAAGACCAAGGAUUGGGUGAUCGAGGCGGAGCUCAAGGUUCUCGAGGAGGCCACCACCAUGCAGGAGCUCAUUCGCGCCUCCGAAAUCGCACUCGCCAGGCUCCAGAACCUCGGGAUUUUCGAUUCCAGCAAGCUCCGCCUUGAGCCCGGGCCGCCGGAGUUGCCUGACACCGCCAAUGUCAUCGUUGACAUUGUCGAGGCCGCUAGCAGUGUCUCCGGUGAAUGCGGCGUUUAUACCAAACCCUCGACUAGUUCUUGGACAACUGAAGGUACUCUUAAGUACAAAAACUUUUUAGGUUAUGGUGAUCUAUGGGAUAUGUCAUUGGCCUAUGGUGCCAACCAAGCAACAGAGGUGAGUUUGGGGGUGUAUGCUCCUCGACUUAAAGGAUUAUUAACACCUUUGGUAGCACGGAUAUCCAUGCUUUCCCAAGAUUGGCAAGAGUUUUCUUCAUACAAAGAGCAGCUGUUGGGCUUGUCUCUCGGAUUAAUCUCUACAAAGCACCAUGACUUAGUAUACACUCUUGGAUGGCGUACAUUAACAGAUCCAUCGCAAAUGUCAUCCUGGUCUAUAAGGAGGCAGCUUGGGCAUGGUUUACUGUCAUCCCUGAAGUACACAUUUAAAAUUGACAAGAGAAACUCACCUAUUAGGCCCACAAAAGGGUAUGCUUUUCUUUCUACCACUCACUUUGGCGGCCUAACACCAGAUCAUCGGAGCUUGCGAUUUAUACGUCAGGAGUUUGAUGUUCGCUACGCUGUCCCCUUUGGAUUUUAUAAUACAGCACUGAACCUUGGGAUUUCUGCUGGUGCUGUUUUUCCAUGGGGGCAUGGUUUCAUGAACAAGCCAUCUCCCCUUCCUGAAAGGUUUUAUUUGGGUGGGGAUUUCUCUCCAGUUUGCACCCUUGGAGGGCCAAUAACAUUGUGGGGGUUUAAAACUAGGGGAUUGGGUCCUACUGAACCACGGAGACAAAGCAGAGAUGCAGUGAAUGAUGACAAUAAUGAUUCCUCCGGACGGGACUUUGUUGGAGGAGAUCUUGCUGUUACUGCUUUUGCAGACCUCUCUUUUGAUCUUCCAGUUAGGUGGCUAAGAGAACAUGGAAUCCACGGCCAUGUUUUUGCUGGAGUCGGGAAUACUGCUAAAUUGACUCAGAAUGAAUAUAAGAACUUCUCUCCUCGGAAGUUCUUAGAAUCCUUUCGAACAUCAGUAGGAUGUGGAUUUGUUGUUCCUACUAAACUUUUCCGCCUGGAGGGUAACUUCUACCACAUACUCAGGCAGGAUGAACAUGAUCGUGGGAAAACUGGAUUUAGGUUCAGCUUCUCAGCUCCUUCUUAGAGGGGUUCACAACUGAGAUUCUUUCCCUUUUAUGUAUUUUUGAAGCUCUAAACAGUUUUGCUGUUCGUCACUGGAUCACUAGUACUAUAUUCUCAUUUCCUUGCUUUCAAAUACAAACUGAAAAUUCUGAGAGGGGAUUGUUACAGCGUUGGGGAUUUUUAGGGAUCAGUUUUUUUGAGUAGACUAAGGUGUUUGAAAUUAGAAAUUCAUGCACACGUACAUUGCUACUUCUCAGAAGACCUCGAUUGGCACUGAGAAUUUUCAUACAUUGUUUGCUCAGUUUAAAUUGCAAAUAAAUCCUUGACAUUGCUCGA